AUGCGUUCAGAUGAUUUUUGUCAUCAACUGUACAUGUUUGAAUAUUUUAAUUCUCUUGUUUCAUACUUAGUUUUACUCUCUUCUUCAUUGUCAUCAUCUUCUUCCGCGGCUUCUUCUUCUACCUCCUCUUUUUCUUCCGCUUCAUCUUCUUCCACCUCUUAUUGUUGUUGUUGUUGUUGUUGUUGUUGUUCUUCUUCUUCUUCUUCUUCUUCUUCUUCUUCUUCUUCUUCUUCUUCUUCUUCUUCCCACCACUGUCCUUCUUUGUCAUGUUGUUCUAUCCUCAUUCUAUUUAACAUUCCACCUCUUAGUUCUUUUGCUUUAUUUAACAUAUUUUUUUUUUACAUUUUUAUCUUGCCGGCCUUAUUAUUUCAACACGUGUUCCUUCUUGAUUCUUUCAAUACCAGUUCCUACAACCGCUUCUUUCCCAACCAACCUCUCACUCUACUCCUCUCCAACACCUCUCUGUCCACCCACGCAAUUGUAUUUUCCCUCUUCUCGCUUUUAUCCGUCAUGUUUUGGCGCCAAGUGGAAUUUUCUAGCGACUGCUGCUACUGCUAUUUCUACAGCUGUCCUCAGACACACGGUCUUGUCAGAAAUGCACGAUGUUCGUUCGUUUCUCAUCAGUUAACCUUGAUCCUUGUUACAUAA